AUGCCCACCUUUAACGGUCGCAGGCUGGUGCCGCCGGCGCCCCGUGGGAUCCCGGUGGCGACGACGCUGGUGGACUUGUCUUCUGAUAAUUCCCGCUGGGAGGGGGAACAGGAAGAAGACGAGGAGCGCGACCUGGAGGCGACCCCCGAGGGGUUGGGGGAGACCUCCCCCCUGCGCAAGGCCGACAUCCUCCGCACCAUGCCCGACGAUGACGCCGAAGCCGAUGCCCUUCUGGAGAGGGAGGAACCACCCGUGGCUGGGGGCUCCUCGAGGCCCGAGGCCAGCCCCCAGAGGAGGCCACCGGCCGAGGUUCCGACGAGGGGCAGGUCGGCGCUGAUCUCCCGAGUUGAUGCUUCCACUCCGACACUGCCUGGAGCUGCUUCCGGCCCACCUGCUACCCCUCCUUCUGCUCCUGGAGCCCGCGCGCCCGCACCUCAGGCUGCGAGGCUCUCGGGCUUCAAGCUUAGCAAGCGGAGGGACUAA